AUGACUCACAGCUCUACACAGCAGCUGUACACAGCUGUGCAGCAGAGAUCCAGCUCCUUUUGUCUGGAGCUGCUCUCCUCCCUGUCAUUAGGCACACGGCUGCAGCAGCACAGCGCGCAGAGGCUCACGCUGGAUGUCAGAGAGCCGCUCCUCAGCUCCUCCACUGCUGCCCCCCGUACACAUGCACCGCCUCACGGCUCCGCUCCCGUACACCGUACACCGUACACACCGACACCUCUGUCUUUGUUCUGCCGCACGCACCUGCUCCUGGCGGACCUGUCGUACGUCCAUGCUGUCCCGACCCCAGGCACCGAGUCUCCGAAGGCUGCCGCGGAGAAGAGCCUCUCCAUGGGCAGGCAGGACUGA